AUGAAGAAAAACAGAAGUCCAUAGUCUAGAUCUCAAGCUACAUUUACUCAUAAAUCCUCAAUCAAAUCUUCUCAAAUAUAGCCAGUCGCCUCCUAGAGCACUCACUAACUUUAUUCUAGUAUCCUUGAAAACAUUUAAAGCAUGCAGGCUCACCAAUAAAAAAUCACUAAACAACCUUAAAUAGGCCCAUAACUUUAAAAAUCAAGGACUAUAGGUCUCAGUGGUGGAAUUGCUUAAUUUAAGACUGCGGAAAAUCCAAAAAAGAAACAAAUUUUGAAACAGAAAGAACCAUUUUCCCCAAAGAGUAUAUUCUCAUUGAAUCAAGAUAAUACGAGAAUGCAGUAAUCAUAGUCUCAAAUUAAUGGAUAAAAGUAUAAUUAAAUUAGCGUUGGUUCUAUAUCAUAGAAGCAAAGCAGUAUUGGUUCCAUAAAUUAUUAGAAUUCAGUAUCAAAAUACAACUUAGAAAAUAUUGAGUAAGCCAAUUCUACUAGGGACAAGUCUUAACAGCAGGCAUCAAAGAUUGUGACCUAAAAAAGAAAAUCAGCCAUGCUUAAAUAUUCUAAAGCAAGAGAUGAUAUUUAAGAAGGAGAUGAAUUUAGCAUAGUUGAGGAGCGCCAGCAAAAUGAGUCAGUAAUAAAAUGCAGAAAUCUUCCAACACUUACUCAUCUUAAACUUUGUAUGUAAUUUAGUUAAAGUAAUUCUUUAGAUAUAAGUCCAAAGCCUGAUCUUAGAGGUUCAAUAGCAAAUCGUCAAAGCAAUUAAAACAGCAGAAGAUAAAGUAGCAUUAAAAAAGACUCAAUUAUGGAGUAUUCAUAUGCAAGGUUGAAUCAAAUAUAAAAAGUCGUUGUACAUCUUGGAACAAGAUAUUCAUAAAAUCCUUCAACAAGCGCCCUCUAGUAAUCCUCUUGUGAUGAAAGCAGUUGUUUCUUUGAUGAGUUAAAUAGAGAUGAAUCAGAACUUCAUAAUUGUCUUUCAAAAAAUGAAUUAGCAAAAUAAGAUUUGAAACUUAAUGAUUUCAUAACCAAAGUUCCUAAUUAAGACAGCUCUAAAUACAAAUAGACAACUAACUUGACCGAGGAAGUUAAUAAUGAUACUAGUGCAGAGGAAAAUACUCAAUUUCAUGCUAAAGGGGCUGAUCUUCAUAGGUCUCAUUUGGUUCAUACAUUACAAUCGCUUUAGUAUAUAAAAUAACUUAAGAGUCCAAAUAGACUUGAUAUCGAACAAAAAGGAGUGUAUUUCCCUUAAUUUAGACAUAGUACUAUAAAAAAGACAGUCAUAUUUGAUCUUGAUGAAACUCUUGUUCAUUGUGUAGAUGACCCAUAAUCAUAAAAACCAGAUAUCGUACUAGAAGUUAAAUUCCCAAAUGGAGAGAUUGCUGACGCUGGUAUUAAUGUGAGACCAUAUGCAUUGGACUGCUUAAUAGAAGCUAGAAAAUACUUUUAAGUAGUAGUUUUUACUGCUUCUCAUUAAUCUUAUGCAGAUGUUGUCUUAGAUUAUCUGGACCCAAAGAGAGAAUUAAUUGAGCAUCGACUUUAUAGAGAUUCUUGUAUAAAAACAGAAGAAGGUGUCUACAUUAAGGACCUAAGAAUAAUAAAGAAUCGAAACUUAAAAGAUGUAGUUAUUGUUGAUAAUGCAGUAUAUUCAUUCGGCUACUAGCUUGAGAACGGCAUCCCAAUCCUUCCAUUUUAUGAUGAUAAAUCUGAUGAGGAAAUGCUUCACCUAAUUUAUUACUUGAAAUGCAUAUCUUAAUUUGAUGAUAUCAGAGAGUAAAAUAAAAAAGCCUUUUAACUGAGAGACCUUGAAAAUUCUAAUAUCAAUGAGUUCCUUGAGAGCUUUUGCUCUAACUCAUAGCAAUAUUAGUCCUAAUAGCAGGAAGUAAAUCAUGAUUUAUCUCGAUAGGAAGAGAUAUAUAACUAAAGCUAGGAUUUUUACUCAUGUGAAUCCUUGCUCAAUGAAUAGCAGUUCAGCUAGAAUUAAUCUCUAGAAGCUAUUUAGAACUAAAAUGAGAAUAUUGAGAAUUAUUGA